GGUUAAAGACGAAAGAUGCCAUCGGUCUCUCUGGUAGAUUCACCGCCCUCAAGUCCGAGAAGUCCGCCUCGUAAACGAACCAAGUUCUCUUUGAAACUCACGAGUAAAAAGAAAUCGGCGAGUGUCGGAGAGAGCGAAAAGAGGGGAAAACUGUUCCCUAUAUUCAGUCCGGCAGCAACUCAAAACACGAGUGAUGAUGACAUUUUUGAGCCUCCAAUUCCACCACCGCCUUAUGCAGGACUAAAGAAUCAUGGAAAUAUCUGCUUCGCAAAUGCAGUAUUGCAAGUCCUGCGCCAUUGCCCAGGACUGAUGGAGUCUGUCAUUGAAACCGAUUCACUCAUCAGAGAUUUGUGUCCCACUGUUGCAAAUACACAUCCAGCAGAAACAGAGAGAGAUAGACAGGCAGCUGAAGAAACUGACCUUUGCAAUAGUGAUGAUGAGGAUCAUAAAUCAGUCACUUCUGAACUAAAAGAGCUUUUCAGUCAAAUGAAAGACCUGGAAGUAGAUUACAAGGAGAACAAAGAGAAUUGCGAGCAUCUUAUACAGAGACGGAACCAGUUGAUUCUUGCUGCAAAGCCUCUGAAUUUCAUGGAAACCUUCAGGAGACAAAAUCCAAUGUUUGAAGACAAUCUUCAACAUGAUGCCCAAGAAUUCCUGUGCAGUUUGCUUGUAAAUCUUCAAGAAACAGAGAAUGAGAUCAAAAAGAAAGUAGAAGAUACUAGAAAAGUGUAUAACAGAAGUCUGAAUGAUAAAAACUUGUGGGCUAGAACAUUAUCUUGUAACAACAAAAGCCAAGGUUGUAGUCCACUGGAAGAAUUAUUUCAUGGACGGCUUCUGCAUCAGACAAAAUGCCUGACAUGUGAAGAUGCUAAGAGACGUUUUGAAAACUUCCAAGACAUCAGUGUGCCAGUUAAAAAGGAACCUAAAGUGUAUGAUGCUAAAAAAGCUCACACCUUUUCACCAACACCCAAAAAAGGCCAAGAUAACGAAAGCCUUGGUUGGGCCUUGUCGCAGUUUGCUACAGUAGAACAUCUGAGUGGAGACAACAAGUAUUUCUGUGAGAAUUGUCUCACUCAUACCGAAGCUGAAAUCUCCACAUGCUUUGACAAGUUGCCAAAGAUACUGACAAUCCACCUCAAGAGAUUUACUGCUAAUUCUCUAUCAGGGUUUUUAUCGGGCAGUGUCUCCAAGAUCACUUCAAACCUCCAAACACCAAUGGAGCUGUCACUCAAGGACUGGUGCUCAAACUCAAGUUCUACCGCCAAUCCAACUUUCCAUUUGUUUGGUAUAGUAAUGCACAGUGGUAUGACCUCCUGCAGUGGCCACUAUCAAGCUUAUGUGAAGGUUCCCAAAUCCAACAUGGCAGAUGUUAAUAACAACAACAAACAGCAUGACAACACUCAUGCACCUUGCUCUGAAUAUGGCCACGAUGAAGUGCAUAGUAUCAUGGAAUCAUCUCAUCUGGGUGAAUCACAGUCUUUUUCAAGUUAUGACGACACUUUCUCCAGUGAUGACAAAUGUUCUGAAACUAAUCAGAUUGCAAGUCCACAGAGCUCUGCUGAGAAAGCUAAGACAACAUGUAUUUCUGGAAUCACAAGAUACUUCCACAAAUCCAGAAAACAUUCAACAAAGGAGACCAAACUAGAAAACCACGAUGAAGAAAAAAUAGGUGAUUUACAAAUUGCAGCUAAAAAACAGAGGCAUCACAGCACACCAACUUUCAGCUUUACUGGAACUGAAAAAUCACGUAAUAAGAUCCAAACUUUUCAGUAUUGUGAUGUUGCAUCCAGUAAAACUGCAAUACGCAAAUUGAAUUUCCAAGAUAGCAAAAGGCAACCAGAUCAAGCCACAAAAGGCCAGAAUGCUACAGAUUCUGGUGAUGUGGAAAUACCAGAUUCAGACAGCAGUGUGCAAGAUGCCCAGGCAUUCCAGUGGAUUCAUUUUGAUGAUGCUGAAGUUGCAAUAUUGGAGGAAGCUGAUGUUUCAACACUGUUGUCAUCAUCAGAAUCAUCAUUCACUUCUCCUUACUUGCUGUUUUACAAAUUGGCAGAACCAUGGGCCAGUGAAUCUACUGUAUAAUUGUGAAUGAGCAGAUAAAUGACUUUGUAAGGAAUUGAUACAUGGAACUAGCAUACCAUAACUUAUAAUUAUUAUUUACAGAGUUCCCUUAGCUUGCCCAGGUGAAUGGCUUUGUACGCGCUGACAUAUUACAGUCAAACCAAGUGAAGCAUACCCCUCAAUAUUACAUUAAUGAAUUGAUUAUUUGAAUAUUGAACCCA